AUGACGCCCGGCGACGUAACAGGACGCAAACGUACCCGAGACCAACGGUCAUCGCCCCAGCGGAGGCCAUCCUCCUGCGAUUGCAUCCUACCGGACCGCCCAACACCUGGCCAGAAGGCUAAAGGCCUGCUUCUGACCGAUCUUCCAACCGAGAUACUGGUGGAGAUAUUUCGAUAUGCCAUCCUAUGGUCUCCGCCCCGGCCGCCGCAGUACAAGCACAGACUGGUGCCCCACCGACCUUAUUCCCGGCGGGCAACUACUGGGGACGUACACGUGCGGCCGCGCCUAGUCCAACACGCCGGACCGUCCUCAGCAUCCGCAUCGAUUCUCACCGAGCCAAAACCGAACGAGAAUCCUCGGGAAAAGAAAUUAUUCGGUGUCAACACGUUACUCAGAAUAGAACACACGUGCAAGCACUUCCGGGAGAUACUGAAACGGGGCGAUCAGUUCACUGACGAAAUAUUCUGGAUGGUGGCCGCACGCAGCUGCUGGAAAUGGCUACCGGAGAAACUUUCGGAUGUGCAGGGUCACGAUGAGGCAUCACAGACCUCGUGGCGCAAUCUCGUCGAGGUGUUCGGGAGGUCGGAGAACAGUCAGUUUGGAACGGGAGAGAAGGGGAAAGGAGGGGUCGAUUGCUUCGGCGCAAAGAGGGUUUGUCCGCCGGCGUCAACAUGGGAAAUGGAGAAAACUCGGCGGAAGGAGAUCGGGAGGAAUGGUCGGAGGCCGAGGAGGUUGUUGAUUGCUUGUGCUCAACCGGGGCCAGACAUGUUUGCCGUUACACCGGACGAGGGUUCUAGGAGCUGGACCAUAUCGCUGUCGGCACGUUACGGCGAAGAAUAUAUGGUGCGGCUUGAUGAGUACGGGCGCUUCGGUAAAGCUGGCAAGGUUCCCGAAGGCCUCAAGAGGAGCACCAACGUGGGAUUCUUUGCGCCGGGGAUCUUUAAACAUACAACGAACCGACUCCUACUUGUCAAAGCACGGGUACUUCAAGGCCUACAGUCGACACAACUUCAGGCUCGCUCUCCCGGAAUGACUCAAGCGGCUGUUACAUGGGACCUAUCCACCAUCCCGGAAUACGUCGCCGAUGAGAAAGCCCAUGUGGCAAGGUGUACCAGUCACGAGGGGGUAUUACUGUGCAGCUUCUUCACCCAUCGAAACCCGAGUGACCUGGAUGAAUACCUCGACCCACCCGAGGACCCUCGGUUGUUUUGUGUCGAGGCACCGAUGUAUAAUUUCGACUCGGCCAUGAGCGAGGACACCAAUGGCAUGAGUUCGAAGAUGCGCGGCAAACUCCCCGAGAAAGCCGCGCCAGCCGGGGAAGGGAUGAAUUUUCGCUGGCGCCGCGACUUCGAGUACCGCGAUCAAACCGCGGCCGGCCGGGCAAGGGCAUUGCAUCCGGUCGUGUGCAAUAUUCAGAUCAAUGCGAGGCAUGCGGUUGCGCUAAUUCGGUGGAAUGAAACCACGUCUCAGUCGAUGCAGCAAUUGUUUGAUCGCGAGUUCCAUGUGUUAGACGCCAUGACGGGAGAAACAGUGAAAUUGCUCGAGUUUCCCAAUCUUUUCUGGGACUUUCGGCAUCACGACAUGCACCGCGAAUACAACCUCAUGCGAGUAGACAAACUCAAAAAUCUCUACAACCCGCGUCCCAGCUCAGCCAUGGGGCCCUCAGGCAACCGCGCAACCCGCGUCCACCAAGACGCCUUCUUCCUGACCUCGGAGAACAUAAUCUCCGGCUCACACGACUACUGCAACUGGGUGUGGCCGCUCGAGCGGCCCACACCUCCAUGGGGCUCGUACACAGCGGAACACAACGACGGCGGCCGGAUCCCCGAGCCCUUCGACGUACUCGAUGACUACUACUGGAACGUCCCCUCAUCCACCUCCAACCCGGGCACGAGCAAGACGCUCUGGGAGCCCACCAACGAGCGCGCCGGAUGGUGGGUGCGCACCCCAAACCAGGUUCUGUGCUUCUGGCACGGCGCCGCGCUCUCCCACGACCAACAAUCGUUCGCCGUCUGCCGCCCGGGGAAAAUGUUUGUCUGGAACCUGGCCGCCGCCGACUCCAACCGCGAAGUCGUGGGGUUUACAUGUCUCACCCCCGCCGCUAACACAACCACAACUACAGACCAUUGCCAGCGCCAGCGCUGGCUCGGCCGCCCAAAAAAGGAAGUCGAGAAGGCCGUGCUCGAGAGUUGGAAUCUGUGCGAGAACGUUGUGCCCGAGCAGGGGUUGUGGCUGCUCUACGAGGGCGAGGGCGACGUGUUUAUCGGCCGCGACGAGAUCCUGCAGGCGUGUGGGCUCGCUGCGGACGGAGUGCAGUGGGGGUUCCAGCAAGAAGAUUUUGGGUGGGACGAUGAGAAGAUGGUGCUCGUGGGGGAGGAUGAGCGCGAGGGAAAGAUGGGGAAGAAACGGAGGAUUAGUAGUGAUAGUGAUAACAAAGUUUCCUUUAUUUCACGACGAGGACGACGAUAA